GAAGGACCUGUGUGCGGCCAUGAACCGGCCCUGUGAGACCCUGGGCCUGUCCCACGUGGCGGGCAUGUGCCAGCCGCACCGCAGCUGCAACAUCAACGAGGACACGGGCCUGCCGCUGGCCUUCACGGUGGCCCACGAGCUCGGACACAGUUUUGGGAUUCAGCACGACGGAAGCGGCAAUGACUGCGAGCCCGUUGGGAAACGGCCUUCCAUCAUGUCUCCACAGCUCCUGUACGACACCGCGCCCCUCACCUGGUCCCGCUGCAGCCGCGAGUACAUCACCAGGUUCCUGGA